AAAAUGAAGAGUUUGGCCCAAAGACGCCAGUCUGCACCAUCCUUGAUCUUCGUCAAAGCACUUAACAGAUCUAGAUCUGUCUCAAGGGAAGGCUGCUUCUCCCCCAUCAGCCCGGAGGCAUGUCCCCUUGUGCAGUCCUUUAUGUGCCACAACAGGACGUUCCUCCUUGAUGGCCACGUGCAACUGAAGACAGGCCUGCAGACCCAGGAGCGACACCUCUUCCUCUUCACAGACCUUCUGGUUGUUGCCAAGUCCAACCUCAAGGUAUCCAAUUGCCACUUACAGAAAGCCAAAGGAUCUGAGUUUGUCCUGCAGAGGUCGCACUCUCAUUUCAAACUGAAGUGCCAAGCACGUCUCUGUGAGAUGUGGACAGCAUUUUGCACAGAAGAAGUCUGCGAAGGCAGCACUGACCCAGAUAGGUCCUUUGUUUUGGGCUGGCCCACCACAAACUGUGUGGCAAAUUUCAGGUCUGCAGAACAGAAGGAAACAUGGCUCUCCUUUUUGCAAAGUCGAAUAAGGGAAGAGAAAGAAAAAGACUAUCCUAAAAGCAUUCCUCUGAAGAUAAUUGCAAAGGAUGUUGGAACCUGUGCAUAUUCAAAAACCUUAAAUGUAACCAAUGUUGAUACAGCCAGUGAUGUCAUUCUCAUGGCCCUGCAGCAGCUGGGAAUUUCUGGAUCUGAAAAAGACUACAAGCUGUGGGUGAUUUCAGGAAGAGAAGAUGCUCCGUACCCUCUUAUUGGACACGAAUAUCCCUUUGGGAUCAAGAUGAGCCACAUCCGCGAUGCGAUGCCCCAUGGCUCAAAGCACUGUGCCUGCCCCAGGCAGCUGCAGGGCUCCUUCCUGACAGAGCAGCUGCCCCAGGAGCUGCAGUGCCAGUUCGUGCUGAAGCCAAGCCGCCUGGCCGAGAGCCCGCCGCUGCACGACUUGAGCCAGAAGUCAUUUAAAAGGAAAAGAUCCAUCAUAAAUUGGGCUUUCUGGCGUGGUCCAGGCACCCACUUGGAUAAUGCGCCCCUCUCCUCGACAUCUGCUGCCCCUGGGAAGCUCUUUGGCCUGCUGCUAACAGCCAUCUGCGAGGACGACAAUCUGCCCAAGCCCCUCCUGGACAUGCUUUCUCUCCUGUAUCAAGAAGGCCCUUCCACUGAGGGUAUUUUCAGACGCUCUGGGAGUGCAAAAACCUGCAAAGAGCUCAAGGAGAAGCUUGAUUCAGGUGCUGAAGUGGACCUAGCCUGCGAAUCCAUAUUUGUGACAGCAUCUUUGUUUAAGGAUUUUCUUCGCAACAUCCCAGGCAGCAUUUUGACAUCCCAGCUUUGUGAUAAGUGGGUCUCUGUGAUGGAUCAUGGAAAUAAUGAAGAGAAGAUAAAAAGCAUCCAAAGGUUAAUAGAGCAACUCCCCAGAGCCAAUGUUGUUCUCCUACGUUACAUCUUUGGAGUGCUACAUGGUAUAGAAAUGCGAUCUGAAGAGAACCAGAUGAAUGCAUUUAAUCUUGCCAUCUGCAUUGCGCCCAGCCUGCUCUGGCCUCCUGCUUCCUCAACUCCUGAUAUAGAAAGUGAAUUCACAAGAAAGAUUUCCAGUCUGGUGCAGUUCCUCACUGAGAAUUGCUGCAAGAUUUUUGGAGAAGAGAUUAACUCCCUCUUUGGAGAAAUCCUGAUGACAUGCAAGAGAGAAAAUGGCUCAGAUUUGGCCUCCCUCCAUCUGAAUGACUCUUCCUAUGACAGCCUGGAAAAUGAGGCAAACGAUGAAGCCGACUCCUCUUCCAGUGACUGGAUCAAGAACCGAGACCAGGAUAACAGGAGCAGGGAGUCCGUCUUCACCCUGAGUGACGGCGAUUCAGAACAGACUGAGGUGGAUGAAAUCCAAAAUAAAACCAAAUCGAAACAGUUGACAAUUUCUGUUGAUGUACAUCAUAAGUUUUCAUCGCAAGAAAAUUCAGAGAAGGAGUCUUUCUGCUCCAGCGCAUUGGGCUUCACUUCAGCAACUACCUCAGGUGUCCUCAAGUCCUUAAGGAGACACAGGCGCUCUUCAGAGCCUGCCAUCGGUCUCCUUGCCCCUAGUUUUGCCCACACUGGUGAUGGUCACAAGAAGGCAGCGCGCAAAGCCAGCUGUGAUGUUGUCCUCUCUUACGAAGAUGAAGACUAUCUACAUCAGCUUCGCUCAUUGCAAAUGGAAGGACAAAAACUUAUCAAUCAGAGCUUGAUCAUAGGGAUUAACGUUGGUAAAAGUGACAACACAAACCAAAAUGUUGAAAAGAAAGACUUGUCCCAUUGCCUUCUGCCUCCAACACCAGAAGGAUUAAAUAUUUGCUCAGGAUUUAGCUCUUCUAGCCUGUCUUCUCCAGGGACAUCUCCGUCUCUGUCAUCGAUGAGCUCCCUGGACAGCGCUUUCUCUCAAUUUUCAGACCAAUCUGUGUUUACCCCAACUGAAACCUCCUCCCCUUUUGAUAUCAGCACUUUUCAGCCAGUAAAGAAACAUGAAGAGACUGCUGCUGAGCCCCCUGAUGACUAUUUGGUUGCACCCAGUGUGGUGCCCCCAUCUCCACAGCCUACCGAGGCUUUGGCUGAGGGGAACUUGCUGGAGCCCAACAGCAGGCUGGCACCUCUGAAACUUACUGAAGGAAUCGACAGCUAUCUGGUUAAACCUGACAUUCAGCCAUUGCCUCUGAAAGUCGCAGGAAGAGACAGACUUCAUGAUCUGAGAACAAAGAGGAGGUCUAGGAAAGGAUUGCAGCAAUCCAAAGUUUGAAGAGACUGACCAAAGCUUUUUUUUUUUGCAGAGGAAUCUUAACACUUAAAAUAAACACCAUAAAGAAAAUGCCUUCGGUGUUAAUGUGUGUUCAUUUUAAGUUAAAUAUCCAGGCUGUUCAAAUUCAGUUGAGCAGUCCCUGAACUCAUGGGUUUUCUUUUUCCAGGAAACCGUUAACGUUCCUACGUAAAGCUUUGUGAAAGAAUGUUGUAAAAAUAAUCCCAAUGCUGAAAGCAAGCAAACGGAAACUCCUGAAAAUCUGACAAGGUCCCAGGCUCUAAGUAAGAAAGCACCCUGCUCUCGGAGCCCCGUGGGCAGCAGGGCGCCUGCUGGGACUCCCCGUGACCACUUGUGUGUUGAGCCUUGCCCAUGUGAGUCUCAGUCGUGUGUGCUUUGACGUAGCGUGCAAAGUCAGUGUAGAUCCCCUAACUGUGGUAUUAUACUACUGUUCUGAAACUGAUAGGUAUGACUUUUGUUGUCCUCCAAGGAAUAAGUGUAUUGUUUUCUGUAUGUUUCCAGGGUACGUUUGAUAGGUGUAGUUAUUUCUUUCAUGCUGCAAAGGAAAGAAAGGAAAUAAGCUCAGAAAUAUGUAAAGAUAAAUGCUGAAGCUUGUAACUAACACCUCCCCACUCCGUGUGUUCAGUCAUUUAUUGUGCUUCGUUGGCUGUUCUGUUCAUGUUUGAGUUGUGAAUUGUUUCUUAACAUCGCUGUAAAUGGCAUUAUGUAUUAUUGCAAGCAGAACACAUGUAAUUUUAUUAUGCAGCACCUAAAACAUCAUAUAAUAUAUUAAAAGUAUUGCAUUAUCUAAAUGCUUCAAGUUUGUAUAAUAUAUCCUGAUAAAUUUUGCUAUUAUAUAUGUUCUGAAAAAAUGUGUAUUUUUGUACUUGCAAAAACUGCUGCUAAUUUUAUGAGUUCUGUUUUGUUGUUACAGCACUGGUACUGAUGUGUAUGCAUUCAAUGCUAUAUAUUAAAUAUUAUUUGUUAUGUCAUCCAUUCAGUUUAUAUUCUUUGUAAUGUUUUUAGGUGGCUAUUUCUAGUUCUGUAAGCUAUCGCCGAAGCAAAAGUCCCAGUGAUGCUACUGUGGAUGUUGCCCCGGAAAGGACAGCAACAUUUUUCCUCCUCUUUGGGUGGCAUCAGUCAAAGUGCCUGUUGUCAUGCUGUGAACUUUUGUCAGUUUUCAUACAAUUCAAACAAGAAUUCCUACCCUUUUGUUCUUUCUCUGGAAAAAAAAAGAGUGUUUUCUGCUAAUGGGACACUCCUGCCAAGAUGCAGAGAUACCUUCAGGCGAUAGAUAUUAGGGCAGAUAGAAAGGAAGGAGAGGAGCAAUAUCUGUUAUUUAACAUCAGCAGGAUUACGGAGAAAGGAAGAAGGAGUGACAAGGUUAAAGAAAACACAUCUGGCCAUGUGUGCAUGCAUACAGUCCUUCUGAUAUUGUGUACGUUCAUUAAUUAGCUUUCCAUUCUCAAAAGCCCUCACCCACUCCAGUUUGUAUUGGCCAAUCCUGGAGUUUCAGAUCCUAUUCUGUUCAACUACGCUCUGGUAAAGCUACUUGUGCUCCCCAAUUGCUCAGCACUUCUGAAAACUGAAAAAACGCAAACACUGCCCAGCGCUAUAAGCCAUUUCCAGCUGUUACCAGUUAGAAAGAUUGCUAGUGCUGUAUCAGGCAGAAUGGAUAAUGUCCAACAGAUUUGGGGUGGGCGUUAACGACGUUAGAAAUAUCCUUACCUAAAAAUACAGAAUCGAAGACUUGCUGGUUGGGUCUGUAAUCCUGCACGUGGUUCUAUCAGUGAACAGAGAGGUGUUUGUAGACAACCUCAUAAUGCAACAAAAUGCCAUGCGCUUGCUACUAUACCAGCAUGUUUACAAGCUCAAAUACUUUACUACAAAUUCCCUUUUUCACAUUUUUCAUAUUUAGCUAUUCUAAUAAAAAUAGUACUAUGCAGGAUCUGGUCUGUAAUAGUCACCUUCCAAAGGUAAAAACCCUUUGUGUGUAUUUUGAGACUUGUCCUCUAAUAGCUCCGCAUAUGCACCUCCUUCAAAGCAAAAA